AUGACGAACACCACAGAGAACGUUAAGCAAGCAGCGAAGGGCAACGUAGAACCUCUCAAACAACAGAUACCUUCCGCCGACCAGGUGAAAGAACAGGCACAACAACAGCUCCAACAUGCAUACGACAAAGUCCCCGAGUCAACAGAAGAGGUCAAGGAAGUCGUGGACCAAGCAGCGAAGAAGAGCUUCCAGUCACUACGAGACUUCGUCGCAGGAGGCGUCGGAGGUAUCUGUGCUGUGGUCGUCGGACACCCGUUCGAUCUGGUCAAGGUGCGGUUACAAACAGCCGAGAAGGGAGUCUACAAUGGAGCUAUGGACGUAGUGAGGAAGACAGUCGCACGAGAAGGAGCAGUGAGAGGACUCUACGCUGGUGUGAGUGCACCGCUGGUGGGAGUGACGCCUAUGUUCGCUGUGAACUUCUGGGCAUACGGUGUGGGCAAGCAGCUGGUGGAGAACUUCUCGGCCGUUGAGAACGGACAGUACAGCGUGGGCCAGGUGUGCAGCGCCGGCUUCUUCUCCGCCAUCCCCAUGACCCUCAUCACCGCCCCCUUCGAACGCGUAAAGAUCAUCCUCCAGAUCCAAGGCCAGAAAGAGCUCAAACCGGGCGAGAAACCUCGCUACUCCGGCGGCAUGGACGUCGUUCGCCAACUCUACAAAGAAGGUGGAAUCCGCAGCGUCUACCGCGGCUCCUUCAUGACCCUCGCCCGCGACGGUCCCGGCUCGGCAGCAUACUUCGCAACAUACGAGGUGAUCAAGCGUCGACUCACACCCAAAGACCCCGAGACGGGCAAGCCAGGGCAGCUAAGUCUGACGGCGAUUAUGGCGGCCGGUGGUGCGGCAGGUGUGGCUAUGUGGACUGCUGUGUUCCCUGUGGAUACGGUGAAGAGUCGGUUGCAGAGCGCAGAGGGCAAUCAGAGUAUCAGUGCUUGUAUAAAGGAGCUAUAUGGAAGAGGAGGUGUGAAGGCCUUCUUCCCGGGUGUUGGGCCAGCUAUGGCGAGAGCUGUUCCUGCCAAUGCGGCGACGUUCUUGGGUGUGGAGCUGGCACAUCAAGCGAUGAACAAGGUGUUCUAA